AACUACACCAUGGCUACACUCAAGGACCAGCUGCGCGCGCUGCAGGACGACGAGCCGAAGUCGCUGGAUCCCGAGAGCGCGUAUGCCGACCUCGAUGGGCACCAGCUCGGCGCCGCUGACCGCGCGCAUUAUGAGGAUGUUGGGCCAUCACGGCUCCGUGCGGCUGCUGGGGUGGAUGCGGCGCAGACGCUGUUGUCGGACAAGUACGGCGGGAAGGCGAGCAGCCGGAUGAAGAUCUUCGAUGACGACGAUGAGGAGGAGGAGGAGGAGGCGGACGAGGGUGAGGACGACGAGGAAGAGGACGACGAGGAUGAGGAGGAAGAGGACGAAGAAGAUGAGGAUGAAGAAGAAGAAGAAGACGACGAGGAAGAGGACGAAGAGGACGAAGAGGAGGAGCCAACACCCAAACCGUCGGGCAAGGCACUAGACCCCGUUGGCCAGCUGCGCGCAUCGCGGUUGAAGGACAUCGAGAAGGGACGCGGCAUCAAGCGGCAACGCGACCUCUUCGACUCUCUCCUCACGAUGCGCAUCGCGUUCCAGAAGGCCGUGCCCUCGGCGUUCUCCCUGCCUCCGAUGGACGAGGUCCACGACGACCCCGAGCACGAGAUCGACGCCAAGCGCUCCGACGUCCUCUCUUCGCUCGCAGAACUGAACGAGACGCUCUUCUCCUUGCGCGAGCUCAUCUCUCUGCCCGGCGCCGAGGCGCCAGCAAAGAAGCGGCGGGUGGGCGAGCCGUCCGACGGGGCCUACUGGACCGCCUCGGCCGCCGACAGCUUUGCGCUCGCGGAUGCGGCGCACCCCGCUCUAGUCCCGAUCCUCUCGAAGUGGUCGACAAAGAUCCAAGCCGCCUCGCUGUCGACGAACAAGCCCGGCGGGUCCAAGUUCGCAGCUGCGAAACAGACUGGCGUGGUGGACGCGAUCGAUGCAGCACUCUCUUCGAAGCGCGACGCGCCAAAGCCGCUCCUCGAGGCCGAGGAGACGGCGUAUCGCGGCCUGCUGCGCGAAGUGAUCGAGUCGCGCGGCGGCGGGGACGUCAUGGCCCACCGGCGCGAGAAGAAGAAGAAGCGCGAGGCCGAGCGCGGCGGAAGCAAGGGCCGCAAGCUGCGAUACACUGUGCACGACAAGGCGGUCAACUUUGUCGUGCCGAUUCCGUUUGAGGGCGGCUGGGAGGAGGAGCAGGUCGACGACCUGUUCAGCAACUUGUUCGGAGGGGCGGGGAUGAAGGGCGCAGUCAGCGCCGCGCCAGUGACGAACGGCACGGACCUCGGGGGGCUGCGCAUCUUCUAGACAUGCAUUACUAUACUGUAGACUCGGUUGUUGUGUUGCAGCGACGCAGAUGCAUACGUGAGAG